AUGAGCAAUUUCGCACUAAUGUUGCCUUUUGACCCUUUUGCUGAAGUGCAAGAGGGAAUUUUCGAGUUCUCCCGCAAUGCUGCAAGGGGCAUCUAUUUUCUCAAACGGCAUCACCCUGGCUUCGAACAGAUUGACAAAGAGCGAGUGGAGUUUGGGCCAGAUCUGAUUUUCAUCUCGGCCGGGUUCGACGGCCACGAGGAUGACUUGCUUGGAUGUUGCAACCUCAGCGAGGAGGAUUAUGUGUGGGCGACGCAGCAGCUAAUGGCCAUUGCUAACCGUUGCUGUCAGGGACGCGUGAUUUCCGUGCUUGAGGGUGGCUACAACACCCGAGCUGAGGCCUUGUCCCCGUUUGCGGCGGCUGUCUCGGCCCAUGUGCGGACCUUGAUGUACACCAGCCAAAACUACACCUUUCUGGACUACGAGGUGGAGUUGGCUACAAUCGGGGAGGAGCAGUCCCAGGCUGAGAUUGCGGAGCGUUUCCGAUUUCAACGGCGAGAAGAGGCCAAGCGCCUGCGCCGCAAGCGAGGGUGGCUGUUCGACGAUGGCUUACCACCCAUGAAGAAGGCAAAGGAGGACGAUGAAGAGAAAGUGGAAGGGGAAAGCGAAAAGGUGGACAAAGCAGAAGAGAAGGUGCCCGCCGACGAACAGGUCUAUCCGAUGGAAGGGAGUUUCUGA